UUAUCCAGCUAGCGGAAAAAAUAGGCGCCGAAUUCCAAAACAGUGGGGGGGGGGGUUGACUACGAGUAAAGUCCGGACUCUGGCUUUAGAUUGGAAUUAACCUGGAGAUUAAUUUUACCAUCCCGACUAGAUUUGUAUCUCAAGUUAAAAUCACACCAGGUGUCGUCGUCUGAACUGUUGGCGUUAACGUUAGUGCUAACCUAGCUCGGUGUCCUCGGCAGCAACUCUGUGUGCUGUUUGUCUUAACGACGUUCCAGACUUCUUGCAGCUGAGUUCAACAGCACAGCGGAGGGAGGGACCCGGAUUUAAGGCCGUUUGUUUUCCUCUCGAGUCCCCCAGAAUGGAUCCCGAAGGUGGCCCACAUAGUCCAAACAAAGGCAACGCCAUGCCAAACGAGAACCCCAGAUGCCAGAGGAGUCUUAGGAGCCUGAAUGCGCUCACCACGAAGUUUGUCAGCUUGUUGCAAGAAGCUGAAGACGGUGUGAUGGACCUCAGAGAAGCUGUCAGGAUCCUGGCUGUUGGACAGAAAAGACGAAUCUAUGACAUCACAAAUGUGCUGGAGGGCAUUGGUCUGAUUGUGAAAAAUUCUAAAAGUAUGAUAAAGUGGAAGGGCACAAUCUCGGGAGAAAGUGAACACGAGUUAAGCAAGAGACUGACGAAGUUGAAGUCUGAGCUGGAGGACUUGGAGCAGAAGGAAUGUAUGUUGGACCAGCAGAGAUUCUGGGUUGAACAGAGCAUCAGGAACACGACAGAAGACUGCAGCAAUCUGACCUAUGUGCACCAUGAAGACAUCUGCAGCUGCUUCAGUGGCCACACUCUCUUGGCAGUACGAGCGCCGUCUGGCACACAGCUAGACGUUCCGAUUCCCAAAGCCGUCCAGAACUGUCCAGCAAAGUACCAAAUCCACCUGAAAAGCAUCAAUGGCCCGAUAGAUGUUGUGCUUCUUAACAAACACUCUGUCAGCUCUGAUCCUUUUGUACUGCCAGUCCCACCACCUGAAGACAUUUUACGGAGGGCCAAAUCAGCCAUGUCCGCUCCAGAUGAGACAGAAAGCAGUAUCCUACCAAGUCAGGCUUCAGCUAAUACCAAACAAAGCACAAUAUCAAGACUGACGGCUAUGGAGGACUUGCAGCAUCUUCAGUCAUCGUCAUGUGUAAAUGCUGAACCUAACAGAACUGAUGCAUCUGGAUUACAAACUUUAUCAACAGAACUGGAGGCCCUACUGCAGCCCACCAAAGAAAUAAUGAAUGCAGAUCGACUCAAAGAGCUCCUUGUCUCUGAAGUUUUUUCGCCACUCCUCCGUCUGUCUCCACCUCCAACUGAACAGGAAUACAUGUGUAAUCUGGAUGAGAGUGAAGGCCUCUGUGACCUCUUUGACAUUCCUUUGUUUAAUGUUUGACAAUGAACUCCUGUGUUAAGACUUCAGACAUAAAUAUUUUAAAUACUUUUUUGUUUUGAAAUUAUAUUUGAUUAUGAAAAUAAUAAAGAAAUGACUUUA